CCCGUGAGCUCGUGGCGUAUGGACGUAUUUUUUGCGACCGCAACCCGCUUCGACACGUUACGGGCGUGUUUUGCCGGGGCCUUAAUGAAAAAUUGAUGAAAACGCUGGUUUAACGAGCCUCCCUACUGCACAGAGGCGUAUUUAGACUGUGUUUUUAAUUAAACUUUGUGCGCUGUAUGGAUAUUGAGUGUAUAAUGUAGUCGUUGCUGACACGGUACAAGGAUAAGUGGCAUGUUGUGACACGGUGACAAUGACGGAGAGUUAGUGUUGUGAAAGUGUCGAUAUCGAUAUCGAUAAAAUGGCGCGGUUGUUGCUAGCGUUGCUGUUGCCGGCGCUGGCCGCCGCUGCGAUGUCGCCCGGCGACACGGAGACGUGCAAUCCGGAUAAAAUGACAGUUUACCGGGUGGUGCUGCACACGUAUUGGACCAGGGAGAAAUUCCCCAAACAUUACCCGGAUUGGAGGCCGCCGGCGCAGUGGUCAAAGAUGUAUGGAGUAUCACACGACAGAUCAUACGUCCUCUUCCGUUUGGGGAAACGAGUAUCAUCUCCGGUCCGACAGUUCGCCGAAUCCGGUCGCUCGGAUGCCCUGGGUACAGCCCCGGGUACGAUGGACGUAUUCGGAGCCCCGGCAAUUGUGCAAGGCUCGGGACGGACUGAGGCCGAAUUCUUUGUCGAUGGCAAUCAUUCAAGAGUAUCUGUGAUGGCCAGAAUGAUUCCAUCUCCGGACUGGUUUAUAGGUAUAGACAGCUUUGAUCUCUGCGUGGACGGAAAUUGGCUUGACAGUAUUACUAUUGAGGUGGAUCCAUUAGACGCUGGGACUGACAACGGAUUCACAUUCACGGCUCCAAACUGGCCGACUGCACCACAAGGCGUCGCUUAUCGUAUUACAUCUAAGUACCCGUCACACCCAGCUGGAUCAUUCUUCUAUCCUCACCUGAGAAGAUUGCCGCCCAUAGCCACUUACCAGUUCAUUAAGCUGCGAGAAUACGAACUGUCCGAAGUAUUUCACCGAUCUAGUGAUGAUCGAAGGUACGACGUUCUUCAACUGGAUAAGCUCAGCCACAACAGUAUCGACGUGUUGGAUGGUAACAGAGCACUGUCCAUUGCUGAGGAAAUUGAACGUGCUGAAGCACCCAAAAUCUAUUCUGAGGGGUCUAUGACCACGCCUGAUGGCACUUACUCUUACUACACUGUUACGAAUACAUCGGCCAACACGACAGAAGAACCACGAUCAGCUAACGAGCUGCCAACGUCAGGGCCUACUGCCAGCGAAAGGUCAGCGCUACGCAGCCUAGCACGCCGGUACCGGGCUAGGCGACGACGCAAGCUACGCGCGGACAAUGCUGACCCAGCGGAGAGGAGAAAGCGAAAAAGAGCUAAGCUACUAGAUUGCCGCGUCUCAGCGUGGGGAGAAUGGAGUCCAUGCCGCAGUGAUGGCGGCUGCGUCGGAUCCGUAUUGCGUACGCGCAGGAUACUCCGCCGCCAACGGCCCGGUGGUGCACCGUGUCCUCCAACAGCGCAAUCACGGUGGUGUGCAACCAACUGCACCCUACCACAGCCGCGCGAAGACUGGCGAAAUAAUCUCACGUAAUUCCUUUUUCAAAUUUAAAAUGGUUAAGUUAUUCGAAUUUAUGCUGGUUGAAAUUUUUUAAUUCCCUUUUCGAAAUUCA